AUGGAGGCAAGUAUUGCAGUUUGUAUUCAUGAUAUGGCAUCUGUCUCUGGGAUGCACAGGGCUAUCCAAGUAUCUAGGGACACUAUCACUUUUACUUGUCCUCCUUUAUUGAAAAAAGGCGGAUUUCCUGUGAGCGAAGGUAUGUUUAAUGUGGAACAGGCCAUGGAAAACCCUUCUGCGAGUCAUGUGAUGAAGAAUUCUUUCUUUGAUCUUGCAACCAACUUUAAAAAAAAGCGACAAAACCUGGUUGUUUUUGCAUACGGGGUUCGCUCCACACCAAAGAGGCAGCUGAUGAUUGGGUUUCAAUCGGAAGAUGGUUACGCUGCCAAGGUUUUUUCGGACGCCAUUUCGGGUGGAGCGGGCAUCUUCUGCAUCUCUUGCUAUGUGGUUAGCCAUGACGAGUAUCUUGUCGAUUUAAUAAACCUCAGCAACGAACUAGGCGUGAUCGUAGAGUCCGUGAAGGAGGGUCCAAGUGUACGAAUGGUCGAGCGGGCGAAUGUGACAUCGGCUAGCGAUAUCCGAAACGUCUUUAAGAAGAUUGUGAAAAACUAUCAGCAAAUAUUCUCUAAUGUCCUUUUAGAAAAACAACCGACACCGGAGCUUGAGGCCCUGCCGCCCUACAAUGGAGAUACCAUUAUGCUACAGCUCUACCGCUAUGAAAAUGCUGAGGAUUUUGACAAUUACGAAGAGGCCAAUUCGAUGACCUUUGUGGCUUUGGGGGACUCCGAGAGGCCGGUUCUUUGUGGGGUGGAUCCACAACACCAGGCCGUGUACGAAAAGACGCACCGUGUGCUGCUCUCCGCGGUUGGUAUCGUCUCGGGCAUCAAGUGCAACCGCCUCCGGCUGCCCUACGGGAAGUCCAAGGUCAGCCAGCUCCUGCGGCGCUGCUAUAACGCGGAGAAGAACUACCCCCACAACACCUCCAACGCCCCCACGCAAACCCGCAUGCUCCUGCACUGCUUCGCCGAUGGGAGGUGGGCGGAGGAGACAUAUCACUGCCUGUCCAUGAUCCGCCGGAUCAGCAAUUCCCUUGGCUCCGGCGGCUUCACCUCGAUGCUGCGGGACCUUCAGGUGGAGAAGUGGCGCCUCGAUCAGGACGUGGCGGAACUGCGGGAUGAGAUCCUGUUGGCGAAGACCGUCUACGACUACAAACCGUUCAUUUGCGAGACUGCAAAGCCGAUUCCAAAUAUCAAGGAGGAGGAGUUGAAGCGCAUUAGCAUCAUUCAGUCAAAGCGAAACGAGGUCUAUGAGCAACAACUCGCGGUCAUACGACAGAAAUCCAGGGAGGAGGCCGAUGAACUGAUCCGGGAGCAGGAAAAACAAGCGGGCGCCACACUCGAAGAGCUGAAAAAAACGUUGGAGCAGAAGAAGCGCGAGAAUCUAGCUCUGGAGGAAGACCGUAACGCCCGGGCUCGGGAUUAUGAACAGACACUAGAGCGAAUUCGCAAAAAGAAGGAGGACGAGGAAAGAACCGCAGUGCGUACCAGAGAAGAGAUAACCCAGUUGGAGGAGGAGCUCAUUCUCCGCCAGACGGCCGUUCGAGACAAGCAGCGCCAGCUAGAAAUGGCGAAGCUUGACAAGGUGAAGGGCAAAGAAGCAAUUUCGCGCGAGCGUGAGUUAGUUCAGGAAUCUCGAAGUGCCGUUCAGGAGGAACGUCGCCGCCAGCGCGAGCAGUGGAUUAAGCAAAUUCUGGAGAUCAAUCAAAGGAUACUUGAUCAGCUUCGUGAUCUGCAUGGGGAGCUCCGCCGUAACGGAGAGCAGAUAUCUGCGAAGGAGGCGGCGAACAAACAGGCGAUUAUUGAUGACAUCAAAGCUACCGAAGAGUACUUUCCUCAUCUUAUUUCGCUGGAAGACACACCAAUGAACCCUGAGGAGAUGGAGAGCAUCCGUCGACAGUUUGACGCAAUCUUCGAGAAGGAAAAGGAGAGCUAUGUUGCCAAGAUUGAGGAGGAGAAGCUACGAAAGGAGAAACUAGAAAAGGGCCUUGGGGCAUACCGUAGUCGUGUUCUGGAAGCGGCGCAGUUAAAGAAGGAGGAGAAUCUUCGGGAGGCUACCCGAAAGGAACAGCAUCUCAAUUCCAUGUUGGACCAAGUGCUUAACUACCUACGUCAAGGUGUUAGGAUGACUAAGAUAAACAGCAAAGGAAAUGUGCGCCGUCGUUUCUACUUUUUAUCGGAUAACGGCAAAUAUAUUCAUUCAUGUGAGCUGGAUAGCCAAGAUUCCCCCAUCAACCGUCGAAAACCGUCGGUGACUAUUUUGAUUUCGGAUAUCAAGAAGGUUGUGAUUGGCCUUUACACUGUGUCUUUUGUCGGGUUUAGCAGCGAGGCCCAGCUUGCGAGGACGCGGCUGGAGGCCAUGAGCGACAAUGGGACCUACCGCCACGACCCCACCCACGCGAUCACCCCAGCCAACAUUGGGCUUUAUAAUUAUCGCUCUUUUGGGCUUCUGAUGCGCGGGAAUAAGUCGCUGGAGGUGGUGUGUGACUGUGAUUCAGACUGUGAAGCGUGGCUGGUUUGCUUGAAGCGUCUCUUGCGAAUCCGAACUACGGUUGAGAGAAUUGUGGAGCAGCGUACGCAUACAUCUCGAGAGGUGAACUCUGGCAAUUUGGAGCCGAUAUGUGAUAUGAAGUACGGCGGGACCUUGGAUAUUCGCAACAUGCAUGGCUUUGUUUCCCUUUCUCUAGAGGAGGCCACGUUUUGCAGCGAAAACCAUGUCCCGCCGGCCCUCUUUCUUCGUGUGAAGAACGAACAGAUGAAACGAUCACAGACGAGUUCCAUCACCGUCUACGAUAUACGUGUGUCUUCAGGGCUGGACUUGUUUCGAUCCAGCUACGUCUAUGAUUUUUUAGUCACACAUGGCCUCAUCCAGCUUCCUUUUUAG